CGCGACUAUACUGUAGGAAGUUUGUCAUUCUGGUUCCGUGUAGCCAGUAACAGGCACCUGUCUCGAGAAAUCAAUGGAAACACGAACGGACCUUACUAUCGUUGCCCUCGAUCCCGUCGUGGAGUUUUUGCUUUCAACCUUAUUCCCGAGUGUUCGUUGCUUCGUCCGAGCUUGCGACUGAUGGGUGAAGUGGGUGGAUGCUUACAGCUUCUUGCAGUCCAUUCAACAGUAGACAGCUGUCAUGGUCUUUGCCGAAAUCGGCAGUAGCCUACUGCUAUUCUGCCUCGUGUUUGGCAUGAGUGCGACAGUGGAUGUCCACAGUAUGCGCAAACAGCUAAACAACCGUGCUGCCCUGCUGAUUGGGAUAUCCCUUCAGUUUAUCAUUCUCCCUUUCGUCGGAUUCCUCGUUGUCAAAGCUUUUUCUCUCCCUGCCGUGACAGGCAUAACUCUGUUGGUGGUAACCAGUAGCCCCGGUGGAUCCUACAGCAAUUGGUGGUGCAGUAUGUUCAACGCUGAACUCGCUUU